AUGGCGGACUACAUGUACGUAAUAUUACACAAUAUUAGGGAUUGGCAAUCGCAAAAGCUUUGGGGACUUCUUGGUACAUUGAAAGUGUCUGGCUUCUUGAGAGGGCGUCUGUUAUCUGUAAACGGUUUGAUUCAUAUAUUAGGGUACGGAGAAUUCCAAAUGAAGCAGAUCGAUUCUCCUCCUGACCCCUGCCCUUUGAACCACCCUCUAAAGAAGAAGACAAGUGGAGAAAAUAAUAUGAAUACAGAUGAUGACAAUGAAAUGGCCAUGGAAGAGGACAUCAAAGUGUUAGAAGUUGUUGACACAGCCAAACAAGAAUCCUUGCAGGCUGAGGCAGAGAUGGACCCAAUGGAAGGAGAGCAAACAUGGCCGACAGAGGAGGAGAUGGCAGAUGCAGAAGCUGCCCUUCGAGAGAAGACAAAGAAAAUUCUGAGGAAAGUACCAAAGGGAACGUCAGAAUAUCAGGCUGCGUGGAUUCUGGACAAUGAAGAGGAGGAAGAAGAAGAAUCGGGAGAUGAAGGCAGCGAUGAGGAUGAUGCUACAAUGGAAGAUGACGACGAUGAACUCCAAGCAAGAGAAGUCAGCGAUGAAGAGGAUGCUGAUGGAAUGGCCAGUGUUGCUGAUACAAAUGAUUUUGAAACAAUUAGUAUAACAGGAGGGCAUAAAGAUAAUUAUGACCGAGUGCAUUUUGAUGAAGAAGAAGAUCUGGAAAUGCUACAAAAGUAUCGUGAAGAACGCAUGAAUGCCAUGUUUCCCGAUGAAGUUGACACUCCGAGAGAUAUUACAGCGAGAAAUCGAUUUGCACGGUACAGAGGUUUGAAAAGUUUUCGUUCGUCACCUUGGGAUCCUAAAGAGAACCUGCCUCUAGACUAUGCAAGAAUUUUUCAAUUUCAAAAUUUUAAUCGUACAAAGAAAAAAGUUCAGCAGGAAGAAAUAGACUCUGAAGUCCAACCUGGAAUGUAUGUAACUGUACACAUAGCAAAUGUACCAAAAUCAUUUAUAGAUAACCAUGAUGAAAAGAAGCCACUUGUAUUAUUUGGCCUUCUGCAACAUGAACAAAAGAUGUCUGUUUUGCAUUUUGCCCUCAAGAGGCACCAAGGCUACGUAGAACCUAUCAAGUCCAAAGACCGUCUGAUAUUUCAGACAGGCUACAGACGCUUCACAGCAUGUCCGAUUUUCUCGCAGCACACUGUCGGUGACAAACAGAAGUAUGAACGCUUCUUCCCGAUUGAUGGCGUUUCUGUUGCUAGCGUAUAUGCACCAAUUAUUUUCCCACCAGCCAACAUUCUUGUCUUCAAGGAACUACCAGGAGGAUCACAUACCCUGGUUGCUACAGGAACAUUAUUAGGAGCCAAUCCUAACAGGGUUGUUGUGAAGAAAGUUGUCCUCAGCGGCCAUCCGUUCAAGAUCAUGAAAAGACAAGCAGUGGUCCGCUACAUGUUCUUUAAUAGAGAGGAUAUUAUGUGGUUUAAGCCGAUUGAACUUAAGACAAAGUGGGGUCGACGAGGUCAUAUUAAGGAACCUUUAGGAACACAUGGCCAUAUGAAAUGCAUUUUUGACGGUCAGUUGAAGUCACAGGAUACAGUCCUAAUGACACUUUACAAACGCAUAUACCCCAAAUGGACGUAUGACAUUGAGGGCAGUGCUAAUGUCAAGGUCACUCCUGAAACUGUAGUGAGUUGCACGUAUGUUGAAGAUAUGGAGUGAUGCAGGUGACAGCGUAUGGUGUAUUCCUUAAGGUUGACAUUGUCUUUGCAAAUCAUAUUUGUAGGGGAUGUUGGAUUGCAUGCGAUUGAUUUUCUUCACUGGAUUCUAUGUGUCUAUGAGAACCCACAUAGAUGGUAACCAUAUAUGGUUAUUUUAUUCAUAAAUGAAUUGGUUCAUAUAUGUAUUUUCAUAUAUGUUAUGCAUACAUGGAUGAUAAUUUCAUUUGAAUGAUUUAUUUAUAAAAUUAAUGAUUAUAUUCAUUAUGAUGUUUUUGUGUCUAUUGGUUUUCCACCAAUCGGCAGGAAGUCUUAGUGAUCAUCUCACUUGUAAGUUGUGAGAGUAAAUCUGAUUGGAGGAAUGAUGAGAUGAUCCAAAAUAUAAUGCCAUGCCCUGACCUAGAAGGAACUGAAAAGUCAGUCUGUUACACUCAGUAUGGUACUUGUACAGGUUUAUUCAUGUAAAUUUCCAACACAGAGAGCAUGGAUGGGUUAUGAGUUAACAGUAGCCAAAAAAACUUAAAACAUGCAGUAGACAUGCUCACUCUGGGAGCCGGUUAUUUUAUUCAAAUUCAAAAGAAUUUUGUUCAUGUGAAAAAUAGUAUGUUUAAAAUUAAUAAAGAUUGAAACAGAACUAAUUCUGUUUUAUUGAA